CCAGCAUUGCCGACGAUCAUUUGAGAUUUCACCUCCGUCUGUGCACUCAUGUCCGUCCAAUUCAACCCCGCGACGGAAAUCGUGCCCAAGCACGAAACUCUUGCUAGCCAACUCGUGCAGCUGUACCCGGAAUACGACGGUCGCAACACUAUCGUCGCUAUCUUUGACACAGGCGUGGACCCAGGCGCCCCCGGCUUGCAAAUUACCUCCGACGGCAAACGCAAGAUUAUCGACGUGGUUGACGCGACGGGAUCCUGUGAUGUUGACAUGUCGACGAUUCUGAAGCCGACGGAUGGAAAGCUUGUGCUUCCUUCCGGCAAGGUAUUGACGCUUAACCCUGCAUGGAAAGCGUCGGAAUUUCGCGUCGGCAGCAAGCGUGCAUACGAAUUGUACCCAAAGCUGUUGGUGGACCGAAUCAAGAAAGAGCGAAAGGAGAAGUGGCAAGCCAAAGACCGCGAAGCUAUCAACGCCGUGCAGAAAGAGCUGGCCGACUGGACUUCGGCAAAUAGCUCGAAUCCUAGCCAAGCUGCGAUCGAUGCACGCAAGGAUAUCCAGGCGCGUUUGGCUGUGCUGGAAGCGAACUCAAAGUUGUUCGAGGACCCUGGUCCGAUCUACGACGCCGUUGCGUUCUACGAUGGAACCCACUGGCGUGCCGCUGUGGACACAUCUGAAACGGGUGACUUUUCGACGAGCCCUGCAUUCACCAACUACCGCGUGGCCCAUGAAUACGGCAAAUUCUGCGACGCGUCCCAACUCAACUACGUGCUCAACCUUUACGACAAUGGCAGUGUCUUGAGCAUCGUGUGCGACGCUGGAGCGCAUGGAACUCACGUUGCCGGGAUCGUGGCUGCGUACCACGAAGACGAUCCGAUCAACAACGGUGUGGCCCCUGGUGCUCAGAUUGUGUCCGUGAAGAUUGGCGACACCCGCAUGGGCAGCAUGGAGACUGUUCUCGGCAUCACUCGCGGAUUCCACGCUGUGCUCGAAAACAAAGUCGACGUUGUAAACAUGAGCUACGGUGAAUUCGCCACCAUGCACGACAGUGGCCGUGUCGUGGAUGUCGUGAAGGAUUUGGUGGAGAAGCACGGCGUGACUUUCGUGUGCAGUGCUGGCAACGAAGGCCCAGCCCUCGGCACGGUCGGUGCACCUGGUGGUACUUCGUCGAGCAUUCUUGGCGUAGGGGCAUACGUUUCGCCCACCAUGAUGCAAUCGGAAUACUCGAUGCGCGAUACUCCCGACAGUUCGGUAGGUUUGUACACAUGGAGCUCGCGUGGCCCGACCUUCGACGGUGAUCUCGGCGUGAACAUCUGUGCUCCUGGUUGUGCCAUUACGUCAGUGCCCAACUGGACGUUGACAAAGAAGAUGCUCAUGAACGGCACUUCCAUGUCGUCGCCGAAUGCAGCGGGGAAUGUCGCCCUCCUCAUCUCGGGCCUCAAGCAUCGCAACAUUGGGUACAAUCCUUUCUCGAUUCGCCGGGCAUUGGAAAACACUGCAGUGUCAAUCUCGACGGCGGAGGCGUUUGCGCAAGGCCAGGGUCUCAUUCAGACGUUGCCUGCCCUCGAGUACUUAUUCAAGCACCAAAAUACGUUUGACGGGACGAAAGAGUUCCCUCUCUACUACGACGUCCGCGUGCCAAGCCACCAAAACAAUCGAGGGAUUUACCUCCGCGAGCUCGACCAACUUGUUGAGAAGGACUUCAACGUGAACGUCGAACCCAUUUUUCACAAGGACGCUCGCAACGACCAUCGCAUUCAGUUUGAGUUGUCGUUGAAGUUGGUGCCUACCAAGCCUUGGAUCGCCACUGCCGACCAUCUUACGUUGCUGCAUCAAGGUCGAUACUUUAAGGUGUCCGUGAACUCGGAUGCGUUGACCGCGGGAGCUGCGCACUUUGGUGAAGUGAUUGCGUACGACACCAAGAAUCUUGGCCGUGGCCCAGUCUUCCGUAUCCCUGUCACUGUCGUCAAGCCUGAGGUUAUCCCUGCCGCCAAGCAACACGCAGCUCUGCAACUGGUGAAAGAACUCGAACCUGCCAACAUUUCCCGCACAUUUUACCAAGUGCCGGCUGGCGCGACGUGGGUUAACGUUUCGGUGAGCCGCCGUCCCAAGUCGGCCCAAGAACCGGCAGCAGCCUUGUAUUCUUUGCAUUUGAUGCAGUUGGAGAAGUACGAGCGCCAGGGCGCGACGUCCCUGCAGAAGAACUUUUACCUCAACACGACCGGGCAAGUCACCCACAGUUUCGCUGUUAAGGGGUUGGCAACGCUGGAAUUGUGCUUGGCGCAAUACUGGAACUCGAUCGGGUCCUCCACCGUCCACUUGGAAGUCGACUUUCGAGGCAUCGUGCCUGACGAGCGCUCCGUGCACGUCACGGGCGGCGUCGGGUCGACCAAAGUCAACCUGUUUGCGCACUUGCGCAGUGAAUCGAUCGAGCCGAGCGCUGUGCUGAAUAAGUGGACGCAGCGCCUCCGCCCGGAUUCGGCCGUUGUGUCCACGUUGGGGUCCCGCGAUGUCUUUGACGACAACCGCCACGUGUACCAGUUGGUGCUCACGUACUCAUUUGAAAAAGCGGAGGAAGGAAAAAUCACGCCGUCCUUGCCGCUGCUCAACGGACGGCUGUACGAGUCGCCCUUCGAGUCGCAACUGAUCUUGAUCUUUGACACCAACAAAAAAUACCUCGGGUGCUCGGACGCAUACCCUCGAUCGACGUCGUUGAAGAAGGGCAAGUUCAUUCUGCGCGCCCAGGUGCGCCACGAAGAUCCAAGUGUGCUGGAAAACCUCAAGUCGAUGAUGGCAUUCGUCACGCACGACAUCAAAGACGUGACUGUGACAGUGUACGAUUCGCCCAACGAUCCUUCGUUCAAGGGCAAGGCACUAUCUGCCUCACCGCUGAAGAAAGGAGUAUACCGACCAGUGUACGUCGGUGAACCGGCAUUUGACAAGCUGCCCAAGGGCGCUUCGACGGGGGAUAUCCUCUCGGGGAAGAUCACUUAUGGUCGCAAGAGCACCGACGUCAAGGGGGUCACUCAAAAGCCGGACGGGUAUCCCCUCUCGUACACUGUGCCUGCCAAACCCACGGUGGAAAAGGAGCCUGAAGCCAAGGAAGCCGAGGACGUCCGUGACGAAGACGUGUUGGCAAAUGAAGCUGUUCGCGACUUGCUGGUCAAGAGGCUGGUCAAGUUGCAGGGCAAGGACUCGUUCUUGGGACAAUGGGCCAAGCUCAAUUCGACUUAUCCGUCCCAUUUACCUCUUCUUCAGACUCGACUACAUCACUACGACAACAACAGCUCCAAGCGCCGCGCUGUGCUCAAGGAAAUCGUGGAGGCAGCGGCCAGCAUCGUGUCGGCCAUUGACGCGGAUGCGCUGGCGGUGCAUUACGGCGUCAAGUUGGUUCCUGGGGACGUGACUCAGUCCAGGGUCCGCAAGGUCAAGGACAGCGAGAAGGCGGCGUUAGUGGAUGCGUUGUCUCGUCAAGCUCGUGCGCUGGGCGACUUGAAAGAUGAAGCGGCGUUUGUCGUGACGUUUCAAGCGCUGCAGAAAUGGGUCGACACCGACGACAAUCAAUUUGUGUACGCAUCGAUCCACAACGAUCUGCGCCAGGGCCACAAGGGAAUGGCGCUCAAACGUCUCCAGAAAGUGUUGGAGUUGGCGACGAACGAAAUGGAAAAGAUUAUUCCGUUGAAAGAGGUGCAAGACUUGAAGGCUCAACUGUACACCGAACUUGGGUGGACGCACUGGGUCGAGUACGAGAAGAGCUGGACGGCUCUGAACAACCCGGCUUCCUUUAUGUUGUUCUAAAGACAUGCCUCCAUGUGAAUCCUGUGGAACGUUGUACACAAUCGCACUCCAGUCUCUCUGUUGCCACCUGUAGCGAGAGAAUGGAUGCAUGCCUCAUCCGUCUAUGCGU